GCUCACAUUUCCACUAAUCCUCCUCAGGAGACGGGAUUUGAGCGCGUGCCUCCGGAGCGAAGCAAAGGAAGCCCCGCCGAGCAGCGGGAAGAGCCUGCUCGGGCGGCCUCGGUCCGCGACCAAAGCUUUCCUCGAGGAGUCAGACAGGCUCCCCGUUCGGCGCCCGGGCGACUCCGCGCAGCUCUCCCCGGACGCGCGUUUUAUGGCGCUAGGACCCAGGCAGAGCGGAGCGACUUCCGAAUGAGGCUGCGGCGGCCGUGUGAAAGUGAAUGGCUGGGGUGCGUCGGGAAAGCGGCCACGGAGCAAGGCGCGUUAGGAUCCCCGGCGGGCUGGGCAACGGCGCGUCCAGCGGCAGCAGCAGCCCCUAGGGGGUCUCUCACCACCUGCCCGCGGCCGCAGCGCUGAGGUGCAUAGCGUAAUGUCCAUGCUGUGCUACACUCUGAUUAUAGCAUUUCUGAUUGGCAUAUGGGCAGCACCAAAAUCUGAAGAUAAUGUCCCUCUGGGCUCCCCUGCAACAUCUGACCUUUCUGAUACCAGCUGUGUUAAAACUCACGAGGGUCUGAAAACAUCUCAAAACACAGAUCAGCGCCAUCCUGCUCCUAAGAAGGCAGAGGAUCAAGAAAUUGGAUCAGCAGCAAACAUCAUUGUGGAUCCCAAGCUUUUUCAGAAGAGGCGGUUCCAGUCACCUCGUGUUCUGUUCAGCACUCAGCCCCCACCAUUGUCAAGAGAUGAGAAAAGUGUGGAGUUCCUGGACAAUGCAGACUCUCUUAAUAGGAAUAUCCGGAGCAAACGUGAAGCUCAUCCUGUGCAUAACCGAGGGGAAUAUUCUGUGUGUGACAGUAUCAGUGUCUGGGUUGCCAACAAAACCACAGCAACGGACAUCAAAGGCAAACCGGUGACUGUGAUGGUGGAUGUAAAUCUUAAUGGUAAUGUCUACAAGCAGUACUUUUUUGAGACCAAGUGCAGAAAUCCAAAACCAGUUCCAAGUGGGUGCAGGGGCAUUGAUUCCAGGCACUGGAAUUCUUAUUGUACCACAACACACACAUUUGUCAAAGCAUUAACCAUGGAAAGCAAUCGGGCAUCCUGGCGCUUCAUUCGGAUUGACACUGCCUGUGUGUGUGUAAUCAGUAGAAAAACUGAGAACUUCUGAUUGACCAUUGAUUGCUCCAAUACUCACUUUCUCCCCACCCCCUACCUCAGCCUGUAAAUUAUUUUAAAUUAUGAGGGCUCUAUGAUAUAUUUAUAGUUUAUACAAUGAAAUCAAUGAAUCAUCAUAAUUUAUUAAAUCCUUUUGAAAACUGAA